UGAAGUUGCAUGAAGUUAUAAGCGCCUAUUACACUUCACUAAAUUUAGUUUCUUAAUUUAGAAAUGAGAAGCAAAUUUAGAAAUUGUAGAAAUGUCAUCUGUAUGACCCUAUCCAAAAUUUAGGUGUACAGUGAUAAACUCGUCAGCGUAAAACCUUGUACGAAUCCUGAUGAAGACUCACAAAAACAACAAAAUUUCUUGGUCUUGUUGGACAAAGAAGGCUGAUCAUCAACAAAUAAAGAAAAUUGAUCAGUGAAACAGAUGUAUAUCAUCUGCCCCACACCCCACUAGGAAUACGGGACUAUAUAUAUUUAUCUGUGGCUUUUCCAUUCAUACAUUGUCAUUUGAAAAAUAAACUCUUAUCUAAUGUCAUCAUGGGUUAGUGGUAUGUAUGGCUACAGAUGGGCUAAAGGGUACUAAAUACUAUGUUAUAGGGUUAUUAAGAAGGAAUAGGACCGAGUUACAAAUUGUGUAACUUUUUCAAAAAUAAUUGAAUUAUAGCAAACGUUACAGUUUUUGAUGAUCACGUAGAUUAGACUUAUAAUUAUAGAAAUCAUUUCUUCUGCAAAAUGUUCGCAGUAACCAAAAUGUACUCACGGAAAUAUAUUAAUAUCAGAACUUAUGUGCAGCAUAAAAAUCCAAUUCGACGAACUUUAGACGCUAUAACCGGCGAUAUUCGAUUUGGAAAGUUAACAAAUACGCCUCCGUCAAGGAAUCCCGAACAUGCAGAUAUUGUUAUUAUCGGUGGAGGAUUUAUAGGAUCAUGUGCAGCUUAUUGGUUAAAGACUAGAGCAGGCAAUGGUUUAAAUGUAGUUGUUUUGGAUAAGGAAUUUAAUGAUUUAAAUCCAAAGAAAAUACCUUUAGGGCUAAUAAGCCAUCAUUUUUCAUUACCAGAAAAUAUUUUGCUAUCCAAAUUCAGCACAGAUUUCAUAAGAAAUAUAAAAGAGAAUUUGGGCAAAAAUAUUAACUUAAGGUUUCAACCACAUAGCUAUUUAGUCCUUGCAAGUGAUAACUAUUGUGAUAUAUUAGAGAGGAAUGUUUCUAUACUUAAAGAACAUGCCAUCAAAAACGAACUCCUAUCACCUGAACAGAUAAAGAAAAAAUACCCUUGGAUUAAUGUAUCUGAUGUAAAACUUGGAUGUUUGAGUGCAGAUUCUGAAGGUGUAUUUGAUUCGGCUGCAUUAUGGAGAGGUAUGGUGGAAAAAUCAAUAGAGCUUGGAGCAAAUUAUGUUCAUGGAAAAGUUGUUGGUUUUGAGAUGGAAAACCAAAGAGAUGUAUUAAUGGAAGGUGUCAAACCAAUGUCUUAUCAAAAACUGAGUAGAAUAGUGUAUAAAAAUGAGGAAAAUGAAGAAAGAGCUAUAAAAUUUGCCAUAUGUAUAGUAGCAGCUGGAUAUGAUUCACCAGAAAUACUGAAUUUUACUAAAGGAAGAAAUGAAAAUAAACUUCUAUCAUUACCUUUACCUGUAGAGAAAAGGGAAGUAAACCUUUAUUCUUUGGGUGAAAAUUCUACAAAAGCUACAAUUGGCCUAAACUCUCCUUUUGUAAUGGAUUCUUCUGGCUUAUGGUUACGGAGAAAUGGAUUAAAAAAUAAUCUUAUUUGUGGACAAAUACCAUUGAAAUCUGAUAAACACUUAUCAAAUGAAGAAAAAUAUGAAACAUUAUUUAAACCUUCUUUGUAUAAUAGAUUUCCAAGCUUCUCAGAUAUUGAAGUAAAUAACAUACAAUCUGAAGUUUAUGACUGUAAUACCUAUGAUGAAUCUGGUAUAAUAGGGCCACAUCCCUAUCACAUAAAUUUAAUUUUAGCCACAGGAUUUGGAAAGUUAGGUAUUGCACAUUCACCUGGCAUUGGCAAAGCCAUAGCAGAUAUAAUUGUAGAAGGCCAAUAUACAAGCACUGAUUUAACAAGAUUAGGAUUUGAUAGAAUUUUAGUAAAUGAACCUCUUGUUGACUUUAAUAUUUAUUAAAUUUUUACAUAAAAUUAAUAUAAUAUACCAUCACUGUAAAUCGUUUUAUUUUCUAUGGUACUGAAACAUGGACAAACCUUUACUAUCCAUUCAUUCAAAAUUUAUAUUAACAUUUUUUUUUUCAUUUAACAUUAUUAGGCAGACUACUUAACCACUAUCCCUCCUGAUGUCAUAUAUAGUGAUGCGAUCUAUGAAUGGGCACCCCUGCCUAGAAAGCCUAUCCAUUCUGGACUUGAAGAAUAGUACAUGGUACUGAUCUGGGAACACCAACCGUGGAAGAAAGCUCUUUCUUAGUUCCUUCGCAGUUCAGAUAAGAAAUGAAUUCACAUAAUACUGUGUAUACAUGAGCAAUGUUGACUGUGAAGGAAAGGGAAUCAGCCCAGAGAUGACUACAAUACUCCACACUUGAC